AUGAACGCGGAGGUCCGAGACUACAUAAGUAAGUGCAGUACUUGCCGAGCGUACGAGGACAAGCAACAGAAAGAGACUCUUAUCUCCAAUGAGGUCCCUGAUAGGCCUUGGUUCAAAGUUGGAUGUGAUUUGUUCACAAUACAUAGGAUAGACUACCUUAUUACCACUAACUAUUACUCAAACUUCUUUAAAGUUGAUCAUCUCACUGACACGAAGUCAUGGACUGUGAUAAAUGUAUUACGCGCGCAAUUCGCUCGUUAUGGUAUCUCGGCAACUGUCAUUAGCGACAACGGAAUGGAGAUUCGAACACCUUACCCACAGAGCAACCUGAAAGUAGAGCAAUCUGUGAAGACGACUAAGGGUCUCAUGCGUCUUGGGAAGGAGUUAAAGUCAUAUACUUAUUUGGCACUCAUUGGCUUACGUAAUACUCAAUCUAUGGACAGCAGUUCAGCUCAGCAUCUUAUGGGUCGGCGCACUCAAAUACUCUUGCCAACGAAAGCAACUAUUCUGAAAUCUAAGACUCAGAAAUCAGUGUCACGACAACUGGACGCAAUGAAGGACAAGCACAUUACUUUAAUCGUGGCGCGAGAGACCUGA